AUGACCGAAUACAUCCUACGCGACGAUGAGUUACGAGACCUCCGUGGGAAGGUCAUCGUUGUGACUGGGGGAGCCACUGGUAUUGGUCGUGCCAUUGUAGAUCUUGCCCAUUAUCAUGGAGCCAAAGUUGCAGUUUGCGAUGUGAACGAAGAGGCGGGGAGGCUGGUGGAACAAGAACUUCAAAGUGAUAUCUUAUUCAAGAAAUGCGACGUGUCCAUCUGGGCUGAGGUGGUUGAUUUCUUCCAGCAGACGUACCAAAAGCUUGGCCCAAUCGACGCAGUCAUCUCUAACGCCGGGAUAAACAAGGUUGAGACACUCAUCGAUGACCCUGUUGAGACAAACAGAGCAGAGGUACUGGAGCUCCAAGAGCCGGACGUGUCUGUUCUCAAAGUCAAUGCUAUCGGGACAUGGUACGUGUCCAAGUGCGCCAUUCAUUUCUUCCGCAAGCAUCCAGAAACCAGAUCACAGCUCGUCCUAUUUGGGUCAGUUGCUAGCUUCUUUGACACGCCACCGCUGUACACAUACUGCGCCAGCAAGGCAGCGGUCCUUGGCCUGUUGCGUGGACUACGAACUCAGACAGUCAAGUAUAACAUUAGUGUCAACAUGAUUGCACCUUGGAUGACCCUCACGGACAUGAUUACGGACCACGUGAAGAAAGUUUGGGGAGACCUGCCAGCGAACAGUCCCCUUGACGUUGCAAAGGCCAGUCUCUUGCCUGUGGUAAGGCCGGACGUCAACGGAAAAGCGUUUCUGAUUAAUGGGGGUAACAUUACCGAGGUGGAGGAGAAACUAGACGAGACGCAAGGGGUAUGGCUGGGACAGGAACUUGAUAAGCAAAUGAGAGAGGGGCAGCGGAGACUGAUUCAAUGA